GGGGGGGGGGGGGGGGCGAAAUCGCCCCAAUGCUAAACUCGGCCCAGUGACUUGCAAUUUUUUUAAUCUAAUAUCAGUAAAUGGUACGCAAAAUGAAUGAGAUAUGAAUUAGAAAGGAGUUUAGGUCAAUUAAAAAUCUAAGCUAAUUAAUAACAGAACUUCACCCUGAAAAUGGUUAUUGUAAAAAAAAAGCAGAAAAAAUAUAUGUCAAAGUUCAAGGAAAAUCCAACCAAUUAAAAGUAAAAAGAAUAAUUUUUUUACAUCAUUUGCUAGCAGCUAUCUCAUAUCAUAUAUAUGGUAAAAAAAUAGUGCAAUGUACAUUUAAUUUUCUCAGAUUUUUUUAUUUUUAUUCUACCGUCAUCAAUAGACAAAUUAUUUCACAACUGUUCCUGGAAGAGACAAAAUCAUCACAAACCAUUGAAAAAUUCAAAAUAUAUGCCCAUUAUAUUACAUAACGUUUAUAGGGCAGCUGCUCGUAUAUGACAUCACAAAUAAAAAAUUGUGAUAUAAAAACUUUCUUAAUCUUUAAUUGAUUUUCCUCAAAACUUUGCCAAUAUCUUAAAUUCUCUCUGCUAUUUUUCAAAACAAACUUUUGAUCAGAAAAAUUAUUUAAAUUGCCUUUUUUUAAAUGCGGAAGACAACAUGCGACAGGCAUAAAAUACUAAGUAAUAAUGUUUAGCAUUACUUACGUUGAAAUGAACAAAAAAUAUUUUCCUUGCAUGUCAAUCUCGAGCUUCUAGGUAUCAAAUUAACAUGCAUAUUAUCUUCAAAGUCAUCAAUCAAAGUGGAUAUGUGGCCAACUUUAUACCAUUCAGAAAUCUGUAGCUGUGCCUUGAAACUGUUCCUUCUUCUGUGGAAUAGAUGUCUCUUGAUGUAAAAUGAUAUCAUUGGGCCUGAUCAUGUUUUAAUCAUGAAAUUUUUAUGUUCAUUUGCUCAAUCUCAUUCAACUUGAAUCUGUUCAUGAAGACUUUAAAUUGAUUUGAAUUGCGAUGUAAAAAAAUUAUGGGUUUUACUUUAUAUGUAAGACUACUUUUUCUGUUCACAUUACAGGCUGCCCCAGUGCUCAUCCUUAAAAGUUACUGGAUUUGGUGAUUCUAUUUUACGUGGUGUCCAGGAGCAUCUUCCCUCUCUUUCAUACUUUCAAGAACUUAGUUUAUAUUUGGAUUGGGAUAUAAAUUGUUUUCCUGGCGCAUCUAUCUCAUCCUUACGUAAUCACAUUUCGAACUUUAGAGAUAACUCUCAUUCCCAUAUCAUAUUAAUACACAUAGGAACAAAUAAUCUUCAGAAUAGCAUCUGGGAGAUCGAUAACAAAUCAUUUGCUAAAUUGUAUUACACUGUGCGAGAGAAGUUUCCCACAGCUGAUAUUAUUUUUAGUGUUAUUUUACCCCGUUGGGAUUCAGAAGAUUUAUACACAAAGUCGAGAUACUAUAAUAAUAAUUUACACCAAUUGUGUUCAAGUUUUUUUAAUUGUUAUGUGAUAGAUGCCACUUCCCCCUUUUUGUGCAGUGAUAGGUUUUUUUACGUUGAUGGUGUUCAUCUAACUCUUGAAGGGAAGGCGGCACUUGCUUCUGAAUUCACAAAUUUAAUAUCUCGCUUUGUUUACUACCAAAACUUCAAACCCAAGCAAACCACUAGAAUACCUAAAGAAUUAAAAAAAUUGAGUAAUACUUCCCGAAGUUCCCGCUCAAAAUCAACUAAUCAACAACCAAUCCUCUCAGAAAAGGAAAAAGCCCUUAUAAAAUACAGAAAAAGGGAACGAUAUGGAAAGCCUUAUGUUAAACCGAAGUUGGAACAACCAAAGAGAAAAAAAAAGAAAGUUGUAAAAAAACAAGAUCCAGUGUUGCUCCCUCCUCCCCCUAAAUAUCACGAGCCAGCAUAUAAGAACCUGAGCCUUAUUCCAUACACCAGAUUCCCAGCACAAUCAUCAUGCUACCACACAUGCUCCCGUUCCCCACUCCCCAAGUCCCCUACUCCAUAUGUUACUUCACGCAAGAAGGCCAGAGAAAGGAAGAGGAGGCGGCAGAGGAUCAAGAAACACCGGAAAAGGAAGAAGAUCAAAUAUGAGGAUGUCCAUUUGCUGGCCCAACAUCACUAUGACCAAGGAGCUUCAAACAGAUGUGAUUCUCCAGAAGUACAUGAUGUAAGAUCCUCGGCUCUUCGUGUCACUCGUCCAGUCAGUCCUGAUCCCCAUCCACCACCAGCUCCACCUUCAAUCGCACCUCAUCCCCAUCUACCACCAGUUCUGCCUUCAAUUGCACCCCUAGCUCCCGAUCCCCAUCCUGAUCCACCACCAGUUCCACCUUCAAUUGCACCCCUAGCUCCUGAUCCCCAUCCUGAUCCACCACCAGUUCCACCUUCAAUUGCACCCCUAGCUCCUGAUCCCCAUCCACCACCACUUCCAACUUCGAUCGCACCUCAUACAAUAUUGUUUAGCAAACAUACAAAUGUUUCGUUGGGGUGAAAGAAAAGGCUACCAAACGUAAGCAGCCCUGUGGGAAUUUUUCAUGUGGUCCAUGUAGCCUUUGUAAAAAAACAUCCCACAAAUACACCCAUUUGAAUUCAAUUAAGUCUGUAAUGCUAAAAGAUUUAAUCACAUCAAAGUUUACAGACAUUUCAGAUUUUUCCUGUAUAUGUAACAGUUGCAGGCAAAAAUAUUCAAAAAAGUUGAAGAAUGAGUCCUAUACACCAGAAAAAAGUAGAAAAAAAAUGAAGGAUUCUCCAUGCUUUUUGUCAGUAUAUUUAGAUUGUGAUUUAGCUGGUGCAGUUCAGACGCAGUGCAGUGUCUCCCAGUUUAAUGAAAUAUUUUCACUUCAACUUGAAAACAUACCUGAAACUAUAUAUCUUUGUAAGUGUCACAGGGCACGCUUCUUGAAUUUUUCUGUGAAGCAGAACAACAUUUGUGCUGCUUGUGAUUGUCAGCUAAGUGGUAAGAAAUAUGUAAGCACUUGUUUAUCCACUGAAGGCAUUGCCAAAUUAAGCCAGAUUAAUGAAAAUCUGUCUAUAAAAGAAGAUAACUUUAUUUGUUCUUCAUGUUAUUGUUUUGCAAAUCGUAAAGGCCAACAAAUAAAAUCACUUGAUGAUGUUAAAAAUGAACUUCAGAAGGUAUCAAUGCAAUAUGAAGAAGAUUCUGAAGAAGCAGAUAUAAAAGAUAUCAUUUCAAAAUGUUUAAAUGCUACUUUAAUAUUUGUAAGUGAAAUAUGCAAAGCUGAAAACGGCUUCUUAUUAUCAGAUGCAUUUGAUUUUUAUAAUGUUUCUGUGAAGAAAGCAUGCAAGAGUGAUCUUCUAUAUGGUAGAGCAUUAAGGUCAAAACCAUGGUUAUUAUCAAAAAUUCUUGAUAGAUUUUCUGACAUUUUGUGUGUUCACACAUCGGCACUAAAAAAGGGAACCUUUUUAUACGUGCGUAAUAUUUCAGUGCCUGACAUACUUGAGUCAUGGCAUAAUUCUUGUGCCAAAAUAAGAUCUCAAAGAAAAAAAUAUGAAUCGCAAACAGAUUCAUCUCUUGAUACUUCAUAUGAUAUGCCGAAAGAAGAAAGUUCUAUUGUUGUCUCUCAAUUUAAUGACAUUUGUUCAACUUUUAAUACUCACCUUCGUAAGCAAGCUAAGGAUAUAAAUGAAAAUUUUUUGUCAAAUCCUCUCUCACUUCAAACUUUUGAAUUCGGGGCUGCUAAUAUUCUGUUUCACCCCUAUGUUUGGAAUUGUAUAUGUCUUCUAACAGCCAGUACUGAGGAAUUGAAAUAUUUCAAUAAUACAAUGAUAUAUUCUACUCUUGAUAAACAUUUGGAUUUCCCUAGUGAUAAAAGUGCAGCUGGUCAAAAAAGAAAAAUAAGGAGAAUAGCUUUAAUUUUUGUAAUGCAAUUUGUUCUUAAUGAUGAAAACAACUAUCCAUUUCACAUCAUUAUUGCUAAUGUAAUUAAACGUAUAUCACAUUCAACAAAAUUGGUAGAAAUAAUGAAUAGAUUAGGAUUGUCAUGCUCUGAUGACACUUUAGUAAGAUUUUUGCAAAGGAUUCAAGAUAUCAGAGAGGGUUCAGGUGUUUUAUCCAAUCUUGACCUUUCUUAUUUAACAUGUGUUUCAAUAGACAAUAUCGAUAAAUUAGCUUCCUUCGCUGCAGUAGUAGCAGAUUCUUCACGAAGUUACCAUGGCACUUCCAUUAUGGCUCAGCAACCAAAACCAGUUUCUGAGGAAUUGAAUUCAUCUGAAGUAUGGAGUUAUGAUACAAAUGAUAAUAGUAAUAUUUCGUCAGAAAAUAAACAAUUAAAAAAACCAAGUGUCCGCAGGAAAUUGCCCACUUUUCAAGAUAGUGAUAUUCCUAGUAAAAGCGAUUUUUAUAUUCCUCAAUAUAAAACAUAUAUAAGGAACCAGUUAUGUGAGGAUAUUUUCUUUUUAUCUGAUUCUGAGGGCAAAUCUGCAGAUGAUAUCCUCUUGAAUAUGGUGAUUUAUAUUGCACAGAGAUAUACAUUUGUAAAAUCAGGAGAGAACACUAUAAUACCUAGUUUUAAAUCUAAAUUAGCAUUAGAAGGUGACAAAUACACUGAGCAAUCAAAAUUUUCAUAUUUGUAUAUUUUGAACGAGAAAGCUGACUCUCCAUCUACCAUCAAGAAGGCCUUAUUCCACCUCCAGAAAUCAUUUUGUAUAAAUGAAAAAAUGAAUCAUUUAAUUGUUGCUGGUGACGGUGCUACUGUUAGAUUAUUGUAUGAUCUUAAGCAUGAGUGUGGUCAAUCACUAGAUUGGGUUAUUCCUUUUCUUGGAGACUGGCAUGUUCUUAAAAACUUCCAGGAAGUGAUAGUUAAAGUAUUUUGGGAAGCUGGCUUGAAAGAUUUUGCCAAAGCAUCUCAUAAAAAAUUGACAUUACAAAGCUUAGCCUCAUGUUCAAACUUUAAAAGAACCCAUAGGUUCUUAAUGCAAGUAUAUGAAGCAAUCUUCAUGAAUCAAUUAUCAUGCUUUUUGGAGUAUCGAGCUGGGAAGGAAAUAGAUAUUUCCAAUGACAAGUUUAUUUCAGAUAUUAAUGAUUGUUUAUUAAAGUUAUCUUUCAAUAAAGGCCAGUUUAGUGGGGUGAAUGAAUUUGUAGAUGCACAAAAUAACCUUAAACAAGUGACAAUGAUUCCUUUCAUGGAAGAAUUUUCAACUUUUUGCAGUGAUAUGUCUGAAAAAUAUGAAACUUUUAGAUUUUGGAAUGGUUUUUUACGAAAAGACAUGCUAGCAUAUAUUAGUUUAUAUAUAGCCAUUAGGGAAAGAAAUUGGGACUUACGAAUGGCUGCCCUUAAGAGUAUGGCUCCCCUUUUUCAUGCCUUCGAUCGACAAAAUUAUUCACGCUUAAUACCAUUACAUAUAAGUACGUUGCAUGCCUUGCCUUGUUAUGUUUUAGACCAUUUCAAGAAUGGUUCUUUUGUGUCAAAUAUCAAGGGAACAAAUUAUUCAUCUGUAGCAUUAGAUGAGGCACACGAGAUGCUAAUUAAUAAGGAUUGUAAGAUGGCAUUGUCAAGUGGUCUUCCAAAACACAUGGAACAGUUAGUAGGUAGUAUUGAAUACCAAGCACAAUUAUUGCGAACAUUUGAAGAUCAAUUAGGGAUUAAUAAUAGUGAAACCUUACAUAGGGAUUUAAAUUGGUCAGUUUUUCAGUCUGAAUUCAGCAAUGUUAAAUUAUAUUAUGAUGCAGUAUGCAAAACAUCCAUGUUUCAUUCUGUUCAAGAUGCCAGUUUAUAUCAUGUUGUCUCAAAUGUUCAAGCUACCCCUGCACAACAAAAAAGUCUCAUGUCAUAUAGGGAAAUAGGUAAAGAUUCAUACGAAUCUUACUGUAAGAGCAGAAUUCUAAAUGAUACAUCUGUGAAAAAACCUGUGAAAAGAAAAUUCCAAUUAAAGACAUUUGCUAAAGAGAAGCUACGGCGAAAAAAAGUAACUGAUCUUGAAAAGGAGAAGAAACUUAUUACCCGCUGUUACAAAAGAUCAAUCGCCUUUUCUCGAGAAACUAAAACUCCAAUUUCUGAACUUUGUCAGUUUGCAGAAUACCCAAGGGCUAUUUGUAACCAGGAUGGUUUACCACACAAAGGUACCAAAUCUGUUAUUUAUGACUUUUUUAACAAAAGAUACUCAUCUAAUUAUGAAAUAGUGUCCCCGUCUUUCAAGUUUGUGUCUAAUACAUGUGUAAUUAUAGAAGGCAUGAAUAUAAUAUAUAGUUCUCCCCUGAAAAAUCUAAAAACAUUUGAGGAAUAUGCACAAUUUUUGGUAGCUAGAUGGGUGUUUUCUUUUUUCAAGAAAAAUGUAAAAGAAGUCAGGAUCCUCUUUGAUCAAGUAGGAACACAGGGUAUUUCUCCUAAAGAUGUAGAACGUAGCAGAAGAGAUAAAACUGAAGAAGAAUGCUAUUUUUAUGAGUCACUUGAUGACAAAGUCCCUCUUCCAAACCAAUGGAAUAAUUUUCUUAAAGUUCGCCAGAAUAAACACACCUUAUGUCGCUAUUUGUCAAAUAAAUUUAUUGAGCUUGUAAAAAAUUAUAUUGAAAUAAACAGUGGUAGAGUUUUUAUUACUUCUGGAGGAUUUCAUGUCGGAAUUGAGAGUUCUAGUCAGUGGACAGGUGUUUCAAUAAGUGAGCAAGGCAUUGAUCAUCAUAAUAUUGUCCAUAAUCACGAGGAAAGUGAUACACAGAUUUGGUUACAUGUAAAUGAUACUCCUUGCAAUAAUAUUCUCAUAUAUUCUAUUGAUCGAGAUAUCGGUAUGAUAGGACUUCCCUUGAACUUUGGUAAUAAACAUGUCACAGUGCAAUAUAGUGCCCGAGCAGGGGAUGAAAAAUAUCUUAAUCUCAAUUCAUUACAGUCUGCAUGUGACCAUGAUUCUGAUUUGGCAAGUUUGAUAAAUAAACAGUUAAAUGUUCGGAAGAUUCUACAGGUUUUAUAUAUCACAUCAGGUUGUGAUUUUGUUUCAUACUUUGCGCAUAUAGGGAAGCCUACCUUUUUUAAAUUGUUUUUCCAACAUGCUCAUUUUAUUACUGGAUGCUACAGUAAUACACAAGGUCACUUAGCUCAAACUGAAUUGAAUGUUAAUUCAGAUGAUGGUUUAAUGUCUUUUUAUCGCCUUAUUAUGUGCAUAUAUUACCAUGUUAACCGUUCUUGUCUUCAUAAUUACAAUUCGAUUAUUGAUCUGUACAAUAGCAUAGAAGAUUCUGAUAUUAUGUCACGGCAUCAUAAGGCUCUGGAUAUAGUACGUUUAGCUUCAUGGAAAGGUGAAUAUGAAGAUGAUCUGCUCCCUUCUAAUUCUGCUUUGAACCUUCACUGGUUAAGGAGUUGUUGGGUAUCAACAGUAUGGGAUGAAGUUAAUUCUCCAAUUUUUAUAUACCCAAACAUUUCUUUUUAUGGAUAUAAUGUAACAAAUCAAGAUGAUAAGAACAAGGUCAGUAUUAUUUGGGAUACAGAAGAAAAUAUCAAUCGCAUUAGAGAAAAUGUUAUAUACCUUACUCGAGGCUGUGCUUGUUCUAAGAGCAAAUGUAUAAAUAGGCUUUGUAAAUGUGUUAAAGAUAAAAGAAAAUGUGGCCCUGGUUGUAGAUGCAAACACUGUGAAAAUGUUCCUAAUGUAACUAUACCAAUGCAAUCUACACUGACAUGUGACACCAUAGCAGAGUAUUCAGCUGAUCGUGAUGAUGCUGGUGAUGAUGAUGAUGACGAUGAUGGUGAUGAUGAUGAUGAUGAUGAUGAUGACGAUGACGAUGUUGAGGAUGAUGAUGAUUCUAUUGUGAGCAGUACUUUAAGUAUCCUUUAUGAUGAAGACAUUGAAAGUGGCUUGGAAGUUGAUAUACUGUCAAAAGAAUAUGACAGAGAAAGCACGGACUCUGAAUAUGAAGAUAUGGAAAUAUGAUGCUUGAUGUUUUAUAUUUAACCAUUGUUUGGUUUUGUGGCUGAAGUUUAAUUCUAUGUUUUAUAGAAUUUGCAUCACAGUCAUUUUAUUUUCAUUCUUUUAUGUUAUUGUUCAAGCCUCACAUGAUGUCCAAAUUGUGUUUCAUGCGUGACUUUCAAAGAGAUGUAUGCAUGUAUAACUCAUUCACUUUACAACAACAUAUUUAUUUUGUAUCUAAGAUUACUUGUUUUAUCAGGAAAUAUUCUAGCAAAUAUUCUCUGACAUGUGUGUGAACCAAAAGGGGAAUAUGUGAACAACAUCUCUUCUUUCAAGAUGAUGUAUUUUUGUUACAUAAUUUAUUUCAGAAAAAGUAUAUGAUACAUGUAUAUUCUUUUAUGUAGUUUUCAUGUAAAAAUGUGUAUGCAACUCACAUUUAAGUUGUCUCUUUUAUUUUGUUUCUAUUUAAAAGAAAUUGCCAAAGAAAGUGCUAGAAUUCUUGCUUUUAAGAAUUUAAAUGCAAGUACAAGAGGUAUCUUGCCAUGUACAGUAUCAAUAAAGAUGGUACUUGAAGGUAGACAUUGUGACAUGAAGAAAUAAUACUAUGGUACAUCAUUCUCAGUCACAGUUAUAAAGUGUACAAGUGUACAUGUAUUUUUUUUUUACUCCAGAUAACCAGUGCAGAUAGAGUACACAUACUUGAGAAUUGACAUCUGAAAAACAUAUGCACUGGACUACUGGUAUAUGUUUCUUUUUACAAUACAGUAUAUUGUAUCAAAGUAUGUGAUUUUUUAAGCAUAGUGUAUUGAUUGUAUUCUACCUUGAACGACUUCUGAUACAAAGUUUUAUAAAGAGUAUGUUUAUUCGUAAACUUGUUAUGUUACUCUGAAAAGGUUAUAUUUUUUUCAUGUAUUUUUGUAUGUAUUAUUUAAGUUGUUUUCUCUAGAACGAUUUAAGUUUUAAAUUUGUGUGUGAAGUACAAGUAGUAAAGAAGAAAGAAGUUUGUACAAACAUUCCUUUUAAACACCAGUUGGUAGGGCCCAUACGAUAACCUUUCCAGCAUUCAUAUACCUCAUGUAUAUUGUAACAAGUCAGGUAUUCACACAAGAGAUGUACAGUAUUUUUAAUGUAUUCAUGUUUUUUGCAAGCAUACUCAUCCACUGUCAGCUGUUAAUAAAAGUUGUCUUGCCAUUUGGAGCAUUAUUUAAUUUCAUCUAGUACACCGGUCUUUUUUGUGCCUGAUUUACCCAUAAUUUUUCAAUUGAUAGGCCUAUGUGUGGUCGAGAAUCGAGUGUGUGUGAGGGAAGAAAAAUAACAGAAAUAUAAGAGGUGAGAGUGAGAAAGAGAUUCUAGAAAAAGAAGAGUGAGGAAAACAAAGGGAAAGGGGGAGAAAGAAACAUGUUCAGAGAGGGGGGGUGGGAGUUUUUUAAAUGAUUUUCUCAAUGAUGCUUUAGAAACAUGAUUUACAAGGCAAGGGUGUAUAUUCAGAAUAAAAAGUGCAUUGUGUGCAUGUUGAGCCUA